GGCAUCCCGAGUCCUGCGCCCGGCCUGCCUGGAGUACGGUCGGUCCCCCCGGCGGGCGCGGCGCGCGAGAGGCGAUGGCGCCGGCGGCCUCGAAGCUGCGGGCUGAGGCCCGGUUCGGGGCGCUCUCGCGGCGGGCGCUCGCCCAGUACCUGCGCCUCCUGCGGCUCUACCCGGUGCUCACCAAGGCGGCCACCAGUGGCAUUUUGUCAGCCCUUGGGAACUUCCUGGCCCAGAUGAUUGAGAAGAAGCAGAAAAAAGAGAACUGCUCUCAAAAGCUCGAUGUCAGUGGGCCUCUCAGAUACGCCAUUUUUGGGUUCUUCUUCACAGGGCCACUGAGUCACUUCUUCUUCGUCUUCAUGGAGCACUGGAUCCCCUCCGAGGUCCCUUUGGUGGGCGUCAAGAGGCUGCUCCUGGACCGCUUCCUCUUCGCACCGGCCUUCCUGCUGCUGUUCUUCCUCGUCAUGAACUUCCUGGAGGGGAAGGACGCGGCCGCCUUCGCUGCCAAGAUGAAAAGCGGGUUCUGGCCGGCGCUGCAGACGAACUGGCGAGUCUGGACCCCAGUGCAGUUUAUCAACAUCAACUACGUCCCUCUGCAGUUCCGGGUGCUUUUUGCCAACGUGGUGGCUCUGUUCUGGUAUGCCUACCUGGCCUCUCUGGGGAAGUGAAGAUGACUUGGAGAGAACAUCAGCCAUGCUGAUGACGUGCAUCAGGGAAAAUGCUCACCUGCCCAGGGUGAGAGAGCAGAAACAAGCCGAUCUGGCUCUAGAUCAUGUGAUUCAAGAUGCCCUAAAAUGAUGGAUGGAGAAAGAGAAAUCUCUUAAUGUCAGAAUCUUGUGUUUUAACAAGGCAGUAGCUGUCCUCAAGUGGUGCUGCCCUAGAAACUUAAAAUUCAGUUGAGAUGAUUUCACCUGUCACCUUGGAUUGAAUUAGGAUCACAAUAAAGUGUAACAUAGCUUUUUCA